UUACCAUGGACCCUGCUGAGGAAAGGCGUCGAGCGAUAUGCGUUGUCAUUACGAUUGCUUUUUUUGGUAGUCUGCUAGCACUUGUUCUGAUUUUAUCGGGCAUUACUUUUGGAACCGUCACCACUUUUCUACCCUAUCGGCCAUCAGCCGCCGCCAGUAUCGACGAAGCCAACACCACCCUGGACUUUACUUUCAAUAACGACACAAUGCCAACAUUCAAGUUCAUGAUCAAAGGGCUAUGGCACAUCUUGGAUUUCAUAUGUCCGUUUCUUCCGGCGAAUAGUACUACCAUAUGUGACGGAAAGGGACUCGGGCUGAACGUUACCAUGAGCGCUAUCGGAGGCGGUCUCAUCUUGGAGAGACCUCCUGCCCAGAUGCCGUAACGUAGCUGUAAGAUUUUGGACCAGUACUACAGAAGCGCGUAAUGAAGUCGUCCUCGGCCAGCUCAUUACUUAACAUCCCCAGAGUGGACCCGGUUUCAAACGGCUCAUCACCUGGAC